UGCCUCCUCAACUUCGUACUAGGGCUACGAAGGUACCCGAUAAGGGAUCCAUUUUAGUUGAUCUGCGCCUUGUUGCCGUCUGACUCACCGCCCCCUAUCCACAACGCUCAUUGGCCGAUCUACCCUCGCCGGAAACAGUAGGUCUGCCUGAGUCACAGUGGGAACGGACGAGUCAUCAUCCAGUCUGGGCAUUCGAAACUUGAGCUCAUAAGCACAUCAACAUCCCGAGAUUGCGCCAUGGGGUCCUCUUUCUACCCCACAACUUUCUCAACCACCACUACCACUACUUCUACUCCCUCUCCCCUCUCCUCCUCCUAUCACACAUCCUCCCCCAGCGCCUACUUCACUUCCCUCGCCCGGAAGCGUCAACAAAAGAAAAUGAGUAUCACUCAAACAUACUACCUCGCCCACGCCGCCCGCAAGAAGCUCACCCGUGAAGCUUCUCGGGCGGACCAUGACUUGCGCCUCUUGGUUGGUCAUGCCAACCUCCUCGAUACCUUGAUGCUUGAACUUGCCGAUGCCGAACAAGAACAAGAACGCUGGUUCAACCAGACCGUCCACGGCGUGACCAAGGGCUCCCCAUCUGAAUCCCGCCACAUCCAAUGGGCCGAAAGCGUCGUGGCGGAUCCCGAAGAGGACUGGGAUCCAGAGGAUGCCUCCGACUCCGACCUGAGUGAUGAUUCUGACGUGGAGGAAGACGAGUAUGAGCCGGCCUACACACCUGUUCGCCGGCGCGCCCCAUCGCCGGUGGCCAUUGUUCGGGAGAAAGAAAUCGAGGAGGACUACGACUCCGACUCCGACUCGGACUUUGAAUACGAUGACGCGGAGGACUUGGAGGAGCUUACCUUGACUCGGUCUCCAUCACGACAGAUUCCGCCCGAGCUGUCGUCCGAUUCCGAUGAGGAGUCGGAGGAGGAAUCGAUGCCUCCCUCCCCCCCGCAACCCACGCUGGACACCUUCUCUGAGAAGGAAGCUGAAGCUACCGAACUUCCACUGUCGGGAAAUGGAUUUGAAGAUGGGUACUACAUCUCGAGCAACUCGCGGAAUACAAUUAUUGAGGCCUACUAAACGCCCUCGCUGAUUGACGACUGCAUCGAUGUAUAUACCCUUCUUGUGAUACCCCUCCUACAUUCUUGGG